CACGAUGCCAGACUUGUCAUCCUCACUCAUCUCAUCACCAUUCUGCUUCUUUCCUAUUGUUUUUUUAGCUCAUUAUCUAUGUUUCUACUCCAAAACCACCUUUCUUAGUGUGAAAAGACUAAUAUUUACACAACCCUCUUGCUUCCUCAUUUAGUCUUAAUUUGAAGAUGCUGGAAGUUGUUGAAGAUAUUGUGAUUGUGGGAGCUGGAAUUGCAGGCCUCACUACUUCUUUAGGACUUCACAGACUGGGCAUCAAAAGCUUAGUUUUGGAAUCAUCAGAGAGUUUGAGGGCAGCAGGAUUUGCAUUUUUAACGUGGACUAAUGCUUGGAAGGCUUUGGAUGCUGUUGGCAUCGCUGACUUACUUCGCCAACAGCAUCAACUUAUUGAUAGGAUAGCAAUUGCCUCUACAAUACCAGGAGAACCCCCUUCAGAGAAACCACUAAAGACCAAAGGAAAAUAUGGAGAGCAUGAAAUCAGAUGUGUGAAAAGGAAGUUAUUGAUGGAAGCACUUGAAAGGGAACUACAAAGUGGCACCAUAAG